CUACUUCGUACCCCCGCCAUCGUCCACCCAUCAUCCACCACCGCAGUACUCUGCAAGCUCUUGCACCACCCUCGGCGCUCUCAAAUCCGUGCGAAAUCAGUCUCGGCUUGAACUACGACUCUUAUUGCCUCUCUGGCUCUUUCCGAAGAAACCCCAGGCGGCACAGGCACAGACGCACGCACCCCAUCCAUACGAAGUCCAUAGACCAUAUGUCGCGCGCGUCUGCCUCAUAUUCACGGGCUCGAUCGAACGCUUUUGCUCAUAAAGAGAGAGACACACACACAUAAACACAGGAGCAAGCGCGGAAGGGGGUCCUAGAAUUCUCCAAAGCUCAGGCAUGGAGCCCGCCGCCGCCGCCGCCGCCGCCGCCGUGGGGGCCGAGACGCUGGAGCGGGCGCAGGCCCGGCACCGUAGGGAGCUCAAGGACCUGCAGGGUCGCAUCACCAACAAGAAGAAGAACGCGACCAAGAAGACGCGCAAGGGCGUCAACGACGAGUGCGCCGAGAUGGAGCGCCAGACGCGCGAGCGGCACGUCGCCGAACUGGCGGCCCUCGCGGGCGGCGGUAGCGGGACGACAGCAGACGCCGGCGGCGGCAACGACCGUGACGACGACGACGAGAACAACCGUAGCGGAGAGCUCGAGGAGGCGGCUAGGAAGCUCAGUAUAGGCUCGACAAACGAAGCUGAGAAGAAACCUCCCCAGCCGCAGCAGCCGCAGCAGCAUCAGCAACAACAAGAAGGCGGCAAAAAGCGCAACCGCCAAAAGGAACGCCUUGCCCGCCGCGCCGCCGAGCAGGAAGCCGCCUCCGCACGCGCCGAGGAGGAAGCCUCCUCCAUGACGGACCGCCGCGCCCUCGAGAGCUCGUACAUGAAGAAGGCCUUUGCGGCCAACGAUCUCGUCGAGAAGGACAUUGAGCCCGACGGGCACUGCCUCUUCUCCGCCGUCGCGGACCAGCUGGCGCACAACGCCAUCCCCGUCCGCACCCCCUUCGCUGCCGCCGCUAGAACUUCGGCGUCCUCCUCCACUACGGAGCCCGCGUACAGGGUGGUGCGCAGGGCCGCCGCGGCCUUCAUGGCCGACAACGCAGACGACUUCGCGCCCUUCCUUGAGGAGGAACUGGACGCGUACGUGGCCAGGGUGCGCGACACGGCCGAAUGGGGCGGGCAGUUGGAGCUCACGGCCCUGGCGAGGCGGUACGGCGCCGAGAUUCGCGUCAUCCAGGACGGGCGGACGGAGCGCAUCGGCGAGGAGGAGGGCAAGGUGACGGGGAAGACGUUAUGGCUGGCCUAUUACCGCCACGGCUAUGGUCUGGGUGAGCACUACAACUCGCUGCGCAGGAAGACAACACCUUCACGGCCAGCCGAUACUUGACGCAACCACCCCAAUCUUUCCCCCGAUCGGCGACAGAAAUCAACACAUGUCAACUACUGCAUAACGACGAUGCUGGGCUUGAGGAAGCGCCAUGUAUAUACAUGGAGAGAGCAGGCGGCCAUCGUGACUUUAAUUCACAAACUUUUUUGGCGCAUUGGGCAUCAUUCUAUCACAGCCUCUGCCUCCUCAUUCUCUGGAGUUUUGACGACGCCCCACGGGCAUGUCGCCGACAUCACCGCGUCCACACGGAGAUGAAGUCCAAGACCGAGCCAUCCUCAGAUGUCCCGGCUGGAUGUGUCCGUGAAGGCUUGAUAAUGCUGAGCCGAUGCAGUUCACCCUGGCAAGGCUUGGAGCUGGGCUUGUGGACGACGGUCCCGUCGGUGUUGUACGAAACUUCCUCGCCGG